UACACCUUGAUUCAAGCAUCAAAUUACAUCCAUUUACAAGUUACUCUUUUUAGUCUCUGAGAUACUACCAGUAGAGAAUAGAGAUCACUCCGUCCACCGUUGAUGCUUGUUUCGGCCAUCGAGUUCAUCAGCUGCUCAUACACUCUCCUCCAACCGACAUCGGUCUGGAUCCAGUUUUGUACUGCGAAAUUCAAAUUGAAACGUUGUAAUGGAGUACAGAAGGAUCAAAGAUCAGGAUAAGGAUGUGAAUCCUGCUACCGAAGACCUCGAGAGCUUACGCGGAAAAGCUAUUUUAGAUGGUCCUGCACCUUAUGACAAAACAAAGUGGAAGAUGAAGUCUAUGGUGACACUAGCAUUAACUUUUCUAACAAGCUCCCAAGCUAUACUUAUUGUCUGGUCCAAAAGAGCUGGAAGAUACGAGUACAGUGUCACAACAGCAAACUUUUUGGUUGAGGCUUUGAAAUGUGCACUAUCGCUUUUGGCCUUGGGUAGAAUAUGGAGAACUGAAGGUGUGACUGAAGAUAACAGGUUGAGUACAACAGUAGAUGAAGUUAGUGUUUACCCCAUUCCUGCAGCACUUUACCUUGUAAAAAACUUGCUCCAGUACUAUAUCUUUGCAUAUGUGGAUGCUCCAGGGUAUCAAAUCUUGAAAAACCUGAAUAUCAUCAGCACUGGUGUGUUGUAUCGUAUAAUUCUCAAGAAGAAGUUAAGUGAGAUCCAAUGGGCUGCUUUCAUUUUACUUUGUGCAGGGUGCACAACAGCACAACUUAACCCUUCUUCUGAUCAUGUGCUUCAGACUCCUUUCGUAGGUUGGAUAAUGGCCAUUAUCAUGGCACUUUUAAGUGGUUUUGCUGGAGUCUACACAGAGGCUAUAAUAAAGAAACGUCCUUCGAGGAACAUAAAUGUGCAGAAUUUCUGGUUAUAUGUUUUUGGGAUGGCUUUCAAUGUUGUUGCAAUCAUUAUCCAAGAUUUUGAUGCUGUUGUCAACAAGGGAUUUUUCCAUGGAUAUUCACUGAUUACAGUUCUCAUGAUUAUCAACCAUGCCCUAAGUGGGAUUGCUGUGUCCAUGGUGAUGAAGUAUGCUGACAAUAUUGUGAAGGUUUAUUCAACUUCUGUAGCAAUGCUAGUGACAGCGGUUGUUUCUGUGUUUUUGUUCAAUUUUCAUCUAUCUCUGGCUUUCUUCCUUGGAUCCACUGUUGUUUCAGUUUCCAUCUAUUUGCAUUCGAUUGGAAAGCUGCAAAGAUGAUCAAAAAAGCCUUUUUUAUAAAACAGAAACUUAUUGGAUUUAUCUGUUAUACAAAAUUUUUACUGUUGUAAUUUUAGAUGGUUGGUUGGAGAUAGUGUAAAAAAGCAUCUUUAUUUUACUUCAAAAAGAUUGGUUUUUUAUUUUUUAUUUUAUUUUAUGUUGGGUUGGUUAUGUGCAAGAACUAGUAAAGCACUUUUGUAAUAUUCUAUUUUGUACUUAGACAAAUCUAUAUAACUACUAAUUUCACCUGUUAAUUUUGCA